GUUACUGCGUCUGCCUUAAAUACAAAACAACACGAAGAAGUGCAGGGGAUGGACAAGAAAAUGAACAACAUAUCUAGGAAACAUUCAUAAUAACGAACCUGCGUUAACUGACCGGCGAACCCCGUACAGCUGCCCCUGACGGUCAGUACACAAGGGGGGCCAUGGCGUUUGUCACGGCCAACUGGAAUCCCCUCGGAGAGGCUUUCUACAGGAAGAUUGAGCUGUAUGAGAUGGGCUGGAAUCUGAAGGAUGGUCUCAGGGAGUGUUUAGUGGCGGCAGCUCCUUAUGGUGGUCCCAUAGCUCUGCUGAAGGAACCACAGCGCCGCUCCCCCAGCGUCCGGCCUCAGUUAGAGAUCUAUUCCUCUUCUGGAGCGGCUAUGACCAGCUUUCCAUGGAAGAGUGGUGUGGUGAAGCAGCUGGGUUGGACUGUGUGUGAUGAUCUACUCUGUAUUCAGGAAGAUGGCACUGUUCUUAUUUAUGACCUUUUUGGCAACUUCAAAAGACAUUUCAGCAUGGGCAAUGAAGUGGGACAGAGUCAAGUUGUGGAAGCCAAAGUAUUCCAUUCUCCAUAUGGAACUGGAGUUGCCAUAGUGACGGGAGCAUCCCGCUUCACCCUGGCAACAAACAUUGAUGACCUGAAACUGCGGAGGUUACCUGAGGUGCCAGGCCUCCAAGGGGCACCUACUUGCUGGGCGGUGCUUACCCAGGACAGACAGAGUAAAGUGCUGGUGGCUACUGGUGCUGAUCUCUUUAUUCUGGACUACGCCGCCUGCACUGCUGUGAGCCCUCCAGGUCUUUCACCACAGGCUACCAGUAUAGUGCACAUGUGUGUUUCAUUCAGCUAUAAGUACCUGGCCCUGUUUACUGACUCUGGCCAUGUGUGGAUGGGUACUGCCAACCUGAAGGAAAAACUCAGUGAAGUGGAGACUAAAGUCAGAAAUCCACCCAAACAGAUGGCCUGGUGUCGUAGGCCUAAGAGUCAGCAGCCCUCAGUGGUGAUCAUGUGGGAUGGACACAUCUUGGUGGCAGGAGAGUGUAAAGAUACAAUCUCAUAUCACCUCGAAGGCUUUUCAGUUUUGGUGCCGGAGCUGGACGGGGUUAGAAUCCUCAAUGGCACACACCAUGAACUGUUGCAGGAGGUGCCAGCUGCCUGUGAGGAGAUCUUUAAAAUAGCCUCCAUGGCUCCAGGAGCACUGCUGCUGGAGGCGCACAAAGAAUAUGAGAAAGAGAGUCAGAAGGCGGAUGAGUAUCUGAGGGAGAUUAAAGAGCAGAAUCUGCUGGGAGAGGCGGUGAAGCAGUGUGUGGAGGCAGCAGGACACGAGCUUGAGGCAGAAACCCAGAAAACACUCCUGAGGGCAGCCUCCUUCGGGAAGUGUUUCCUGAGUAACUUUCCUCCAGAGCCGUUUGUCAGCAUGUGUCGGGACUUACGUGUGUUAAACGCUGUGAGAGACUACACUGUGGGCAUCCCUCUCACUCAUAUUCAGUUCAAGCAGAUGACUGUCCAAGUGCUCAUAGACCGGUUAGUGUAUCGUAAACUGUAUCCUCUUGCCAUUGAAAUCUGUCGUUAUCUGAAGACUCCAGAGUACCAGGGAGUGAGUCGAGUACUCAAACACUGGGCCUGCUGCAAGGUACAGCAGAAAGAGGAGGCUGAUGAGGUCAUUGCAAGAGCCAUAAGUUUGAAGCUGGGUGAAGCUGCUGGGAUCUCUUACUCUGAGAUCGCGACUAAGGCCUACGAGUGCGGCCGCACUGAACUUGCUAUAAAGUUGCUGGAGUUUGAGCCUCGCUCUGGGGAGCAAGUUCCUCUGCUGCUGAAGAUGAAGAGGAGCCAGUUAGCACUCAGCAAAGCCAUUGAGAGCGGAGACACAGACCUGGUCUAUACCGUGGUAACAUACCUAAAGAAUGAGAUGAACAGAGGAGACUUCUUCAUGACUCUGAGGAACCAGCCUGUGGCUCUCAGCCUCUACAGACAGUUCUGUAAACAUCAGGAACAGGACACACUGAAAGAUCUCUUCAAUCAAGACGAUGAUCAUCAAGAGCUUGGAAAUUUCUAUGUGAAAGCCAGCUAUAAAGAAAAGAGGUUGGAGGCCCGAAUAGGUCAUUUACAAAGUGCUGUGGAUGAGUACAACAAGGCCAAGAAUGAAUUCGCUGCCAAGGCUACAGAAGAGGAGAUGCGUCUGCUACGUUUCCAGAAAAAGCUGGAAGAGGAGAAGGGCGAGUCACUGGUGGGCUUCUCCCUACACGACACCAUCCGAGCCCUACUGGCUGUGGGCCUGCACAAGCACGCUGAGCAGCUCUAUAAGGACUUCAGAGUGCCUGACAAGAGGUACUGGUGGCUGAAGCUCACUGCACUUGCUGAGAAAGAGGACUGGGAGGAGAUAGAGAAAUUUGCCAAAAGCAAAAAAUCACCCAUUGGCUAUCUGCCCUUUGUUGAGGUUUGCGUGAAACACCACAACAAAUACGAAGCCAAGAAAUAUGUGUCCAGAGUGACUCCUGAGCAGAAGGUUAAAGCCCACCUGGCAGUAGGGGACCUGGAAGGGGCGGCGGAUGCAGCUAUUGAAAGGCGGAAUGAUGGAGAGAUAAGCACGGUUCUAUCUCGCUGUUCCCCCAGCACAGACCGAGCACUGGUAGAACGCCUUAACCGCGCUAAAGCCACCGCUGCCAAAAAGUGAACUCCUCCACUGCAUGUUGUUUUGCAGUUCGACUGCAGCCGUUGCCAAAUAGUGACAACAUCCCCUCAAUUCCAGUGUAACUGCAGCUGACAGCAGGUUCUGGGGGGUGACCCUCAAUGAAGAUUCAUCAUGAACUGUGUUUGAUGGAGGACAAUGCAAGGAAAUGUUCAUGGAGUACGUAGGGAGUAGAAUGGGUGACUUCAUAGACAUUUAGACAAACGAAAGUAAGAAGGAAAACAGAUUAAAUGUCACCUCUCUCUGUGCUUUCUCUUUCCAUAAUCUUGUCUUUAAUAACAUUGCUCAUUUCUUACUUUUGUAAUUAUUAUUCUGUGUUGAGCUUUGCCUGUUUGUUGACACUAAACUGAAUCAUACUGUAUUCCUGUUUGCAUAAAUUAAUUUUCUGCCUUCUUAAGCCUUUAUGUUUGUAACGAUUAACUGUAUAACUAAAUACCAACUGUGAUCAA